UUUAAGUGACCCACCCGAGGUGCAUUUUCUGCGAGAGAAAUGCUCUGGUUUUUCACAUUUCCUCCUUCGCUCCAACUAUAUCUGCACGCACACUCUCUCUAGAAACCCCAAGAUUAGAACUCUCUUUCCCUCUCUAGAAACCCUAGCCAACCCUCCAAUUCUCCUUUCUCAGUUCGUCUGAAAAUCAACUUUUAACUGAGCGUCUGAAAAAUCAGAAAGAAGAGUUUUGAUUUGCCAUACAUGGAAGAAGAAGUUCCCCCCCAGAGGGGCAAAAAGAGGUCCAUUGUGGAAAUUUCUGGUGAUAAUGAUCUAGGUGCCAUCUACAAGUUUAAGAUUCUCUUACCCAAUGGCACAAGCUUGGGUUUGAACUUACAUGAACAUAAGUUGUCCAACCUUCUAAUGCCUCUACAAGAGUUCAUUGGUUUGGUGAGAACAGAGUACUUCAGAACUCGUCGCCAACCUGAAUCGCCUGGAACGAGGCAAAAAAUAAUGUGGAAAAGUAAAGAUAUAUUUCUUGUAGACGCAUCUGAAAACAGGAUGAAACAUACUGUCAAUUUCAGGAAAUUUGAGCCACAUAAAUGUCAUAUUUUACAACUUAAUGAUGGGUCAGGUCAGAGUGCUGAUACCUUUAAGAACAUGUGGGAUUUGACACCAGAUACUGACCUAUUAGCGGAACUUCCUGAAGAGUAUGCAUUUGAGACUGCUCUUGCGGAUUUAAUUGACAAUUCACUGCAAGCAGUAUGGUCUAAUGGUAUGAGUGAGAGGAGAUUGAUUAGUGUGGAUAUUGUCGAAGAUAGGAUUUCAAUCUUUGACAGUGGUCCUGGAAUGGAUGGCAGUGAUGAAAACUCUAUUGUGAAGUGGGGAAAGAUGGGUGCAUCACUUCAUAGGUCCUCCAAGGCACAGGCAAUAGGGGGCAAGCCUCCAUACCUAAAGCCCUUUUUUGGAAUGUUUGGAUAUGGAGGUCCUAUUGCAUCCAUGCAUCUUGGGAGGUGUGCUUUAGUUUCUUCCAAGACAAAGGAGUCCAAGAAAGUAUAUACUUUACAUCUUGAGAGGGAGGCUCUUCUCAGCAGUUCUGGUUCUGACCUCACCUGGAGGACUUCUGGAGGCAUCAGGAAUCCAUCAGAAGAAGAAACCGAGAAAUCACCUCAUGGAAGCUUUACAAAGGUUGAGAUUUUCAAGCCAAAAAUUGAAAGGUUGAACGUAUUUCAACUUCAACGCAAGCUGAAGGACAUCUAUUUUCCAUAUAUUCAGUGUGAUGAAGUGUGUGACACAGGAAAGACUAACACACCGGUUGAGUUUCAGGUCAAUGGGUUAGAUUUAGCCGAAAUUGAUGGUGGGGAAGUUGGAACUACAAACUUGCAUUCUUCCAAUGGCCCUGAGUUUGUUCUGCAGCUUCGUUUUUAUGGUAACCAAGACAAUGUUGCAACCAAAAGCCCUGGUUUAAGAUCGUCUCAAGAAGCUAAUGCACGCCUAAAGUGUGUUUAUUUUCCCAUUGUCGAGGGUAAAGAGAAUCUUGAAACGAUUUUGGAAAAACUAGAAGCUGAAGGAUGUGGGACUAAUGAAAAUUAUGAUACAUUUAGUCGUGUAUCUAUUCGGAGACUCGGUCGUUUACUUCCAGACGCUCGUUGGUCACUACUUCCUUUCAUGGAACAUAAGCUGAAAAAGGGAGACAAAGGCCAAUUGUUGAAGAGAUGUUGCCGGAGAGUAAAAUGUUUUAUUGAUACUGAUGCUGGUUUUAACCCUACACCUUCUAAGACGGAUUUAGCACACCAUAAUCCUUUUACCAAGGCUCUAAAGGACUUUGGUAAUAAGCCACCUGAGAAAGGGAGAGAGAUAAAUGUUGAAAUCCUUAGAGAUGGAAAGUCAUUAACUCUCUUGCAACUGGAAAAGGAGUAUCUAGAUUGGAUUUCCCAGAUGCAUGAUCUUUAUGAUGAAGAAAUUGACUCUGGUGAGGACCAACCUGUCAUUGUCGUUGGCUCUUUGAACAAAAAACAGCUUGGUAUUUCUUCUGAUGUAGUAAGGGUCCAUGAGAUUAUAAGAAGAAAAGGAAAAUCUUGGAAACGUGGCCAGAAAAUUAAGGUUCUUAAGGGAGCAUGUCCAGGGUGUCACAAGAGCAAUGUCUUUGCGACAUUGGAAUAUAUUCUGCUAGAAGGUUUUCAAGGAGAUGCUGGUGGAGAAGCUCGGCUAAUAUGCAGGCCCUUGAGUCUUCCAGAUGAGGAUGGUUGUAUCCUUGCAGUGGACGAUGGGGCUGCUAGUUUUGACUGCCGUGGCUCUCUAUCUUUACCCAUUAGUGUGAUUGAUUCUGGAAAGUGCCUUGCCGUUGAAAGUUCUGAAUGGCUUUUCCAACUUGAGAAACAACGUCAGAAAGCUCCUUCGACAAUUGACAUUCUGAGUGAGAGACAUUGUCUGGAGUUGGAGGUUGAUGGGGCAUUACCUGUUGAUGCUCCGGUUCAUGCUGGACAAGUUCCGCCUAAGGAAAUUGUUGCUGUUGUUCGUCCUGCCAGUUUUGUUUCUUCUAGUGCCUCAAAGAACUUGGACCAAAAAUAUAUUAUCAAGGAUAAUUUUGCCUCAAAGAACUUGGACCAAAAGUAUAUUAUCAAGGAUAAUUUGGAGUUAUCUAUGGAAGUGAAAUUGAUGGAUGGCACUAAGGAUACCAAACAUAUUUAUUCAAAAUGUGUGACACCUUCAUCCCGUAAUGGGUUUCAUGGUUUAUAUAUCUUCCCACUAGGAUGCAAGUUCCCACAGUUAUUUCAAAAAGCUGGUGUUUACACAUUUACAGUAUUCCUUAAAGGCUCAAGUUUUAAGAGUUGUGAAAAAAGAGUGCUAGUUAAGGCAUUGCCUAAGGUUUCGAGUUGGAGAUUUUCAAGUGAUAUACAGAAUACUGUGUACAGUGUAAGGGCUGGUUCGUGCUUACCACCAUUUUCUAUUGCUUGUUAUGACUCAUAUGAAAAUCAGAUUCCAUUCACAUCCAUACCAGAAUUUAUCAUCAAAAGUAACUGGAAUGGAGGGGUACUUGCAGAUUUUGAUAAAAUGAAGUUGGAACUUUCAUCCGAUAAUUUGACUCUUAAAGUUAAGGAUGUACUAAUUGAAAGCAGUGACUUGGACAAGAUUCGACCGAGUUAUGCAACUACAUUGGUGCUAUGUCCACGUGAUGAGUUGCCCUCAAUUUCUGUUGCAUGUGAAGUUAAUCCUGGACCUUUAGAACGUGCCAUAGCCCAGCCACCAGUAUCAGACAACCAGUUGCUUCCUGGAUGUGUGAUUGAGGAGCUUGUAUUAGAGAUGUUUGAUGCAUAUGGUAAUCAUGCCAGAGAAGGGUUGGAAGUUCAGUUUAAUGUGGAUGGAUUUUGUUUCCAAGAUCAUAAUGGUUUAAAGCGUAAGGUGGAUGAUCGUGGAUGCAUUGACCUUAGUGGCCUCUUGAGAGUCACAACAGGGUAUGGAAAAAAUGUUUCCCUAUCAGUUUUAUCUGGUAACAAAGUAGUUUUCAAGCAAGAGUUGCAAACAGAGAAAAGAGAGCUAAGAGCUGCAUCAAUAGUACCUCAGUCUUGUGCUGCUGGGUCACAACUCGAAAAUAUUGUCUUCGAAAUCAUCAACUCUAAGGGUGAAGUUGAUGAAACUGUUCAUGAGGAAGAGAAACAUGGACAAUUCCAUACGCUUACAAUAAUGUCUGAUUCAUUUUAUUUGGAUGGUUCUGUAAGAUUCGCUUUCAGGAAUGGACGCUGCAUUAUUCCUACUAUUCCUCUCCCCCGAAAGCAAGGGGACUUCACCUUUCUAGCUGCUCACUCCUGUCAUCCAGAGCUAUCUUUGGCUGUCAAGGUUGAAUGUCAUGUGCAGGUUUCUGUUGUGGAAGUCCUAAAAGUGAAGCAGGAAGAUGUCCAACUUCAAUAUCCAAAUGAAAACAUGUUGCUCCUCCAGGAUUCACCUGCUCCAAGGCAUGUAGAGAACAGCCUAGUGGAGUCACUCAUGAAUGACGAGAAGGAAAUUGAGGAUGACAUUUGCAAAAUUGGUUUGUUUAUUGGAGAUAAUGAAAGGAAACUGGAAUUGCUUCAUAAACAGAAGGGAGAUAUUGAGCAAUCCAUUGAGAAAUUGCAAGCUUCUGUAGAAUAUGAUUCAUUCAACAACCAUCGGGGCUACUUGUCUAAGAAAGAAUCAGUGAUGAGAUGCAUUGAAAAAAAGGAUAAAUCCGCAGCUGCUUUUUUCUGCAAUCUUUCAAGAGAGAUUCCAUUCCAAGAUCCAGUAUCUCAGCUUAUGAAAGAUAUAGUUGGUGUGGUUGCACUUCUUGCAACUGUUCGUAUCAAUCGGCUUGGCAGGAUGUUGGCUGAAUAUUUGGGUGAAGAUCAAAUGCUUGCAGUUGUGUGUAGAUCCUAUGAAGCUGCAAGUAAGCUUGAGAAGUAUGAAUGGGAUGGAAAAGUAGACCGUGAACAUGCUCUUUAUGCAGUAGCAAAAACAUUUGGAAAACCGAUAAAUGACCGGUUUCUUGUUAUUUGCCUCGAGAAUAUAAGGCCUUACAUAGGAGGGUUUCAGGACAAUGAUCCUCAGAGGAAGCUGAACAUUCCAAAUCCUAUUUUACCCACUGGGGAGAUGCCUCCAGGGUUCUUGGGGUAUGCAGUUAACAUGGUUGACCUAGAGUCCCAUCAUUUACUUACAAGGACCACUGCAGGGCAUGGUCUUCGGGAGACAUUGUUCUAUUGUCUAUUUGGUGAGCUGCAGGUUUAUCAAACCAGGGAAGACAUGAAGAAGGCUUGCUUCUAUGCAAGACAUGGUGCUGUUUCUCUUGAUGGUGGGAUUAUGAAAGGAAAUGGAGUCAUUUCUUUUGGAUGUAGGGAACCGCAAAUAUGGUUUCCAGUUGCUAACCUGGAAUCACCAAAAAAUGUUAGAAUCCUGGAAGUGAUAGAGGAAAAGAGAACUUCUUUGAGGCUGGUCCACAAUGAAAUAGGCAAACUGACAAAAAUCAUUAACAAAGCUCAGAAGAAGUUACAGAAGAAAAUUUCACGGUGUCGCAAGCUCAUGGAUCGCUUAGAACCCUGUAUGAAAGGCCACUACCUGGAGUACAAUACGAAUACAAUAAACAGCCUGGAAAACUCGCCAAAAUGAUCUGGUUUGCCCUUGAUACUUUCUGUACAGCAACGUCUCAAGCAUAUACCUAUGCCAAUCAUAUUAAAGUUGAUAAAAAUAUCAUCAGUGAUCCAAAUGUGUCUGUCUCAUAUCAAACUGUGGGUAUAAUACCAUUUGAAGCUGUCAUAUCUACAUUGUCAUCCUUAUUUUCUGUGUCUUUCCUUUUUUAUUUGACAGGUUACCAGAGGAUGAGAAGCUUGUACAGAUAGUCUGAAGCUUGGUUUCCAUGUCCAUACAUUAGCAAUCCAGUCUUUUUUUCCAGAUUUUAAUACCAGACGGUUUGUUAUGAGAGCCUGCUUCUGUUUAUGUUCUGUAAAUAUAUGUCUAAAUGAUAUGCUCUCUAUUUUAUGUAAUAUUAUAGAUGAUUUGGGUUAGGCUUCAAACUUAGGGUAUAUAAAAUCAUACCUUUCUUUUUUUUU